AUGCCUCCGUUACGUGUCCCAUUAGCUUCUUCUUCUUAUUCUCCUCACUCAAGUUUUCUCCAUCGAUCCGAGGGUUCUCUGAUUUACAGGUUCUCUGAAAGCAUGGCAGCUCCAAUGACUCCAGGAGCAAAUAGACCAAACAAUCCACAAAACACAGCUCCUUCAAAUUCUCUAGCUCCUAGCAUGCACAACCUUAACAUUAACCGGCCACCUCCUCCCAUGCCUGGUUCAGCUCCUAGGCCAUCACCACCUUAUCCUCAGUCAGCUCCUCCCUAUGGUGUUCAACAACAACAGCCUAGGCCUUCUCCAAUGGCUAGGCCUGGACCUCCUCCUCCUGCAAUGACUAGACCUGGUGGUCCCCCUCAGGUUUCACAACCUGGUGGUGGAAGACCCUUUGGUCCACCUAGUCAGUCACCGUUUGGCUCUAGACCACCGUCUGGUGGUUUCCCAGCUUCUUCAGGCCCACCAGGUGGUGUUGCUGCUGCUCCUCCUUCAGGAGCACGCCCGCUUGGUUUUGGCUCACCUCCACUUGCUGGACCUGGCAUUUCCAUGCCUGGAGGUCCGGUGAGUAAUGGGCCCCCUCCGAUGAUGGGUCCGGUUACAAAUGGUCCUCCUCCUAUGAUGGGUUUUCCUAGAGGAUCCCAGUUCACAAGUGGUGGUCCACCGCCACCAUAUGGACAGCCUCCCAACGCGGGUGGAGGUUCACCAUUAACUUCACCUUCUGCUCAUUCAUUGCCUCCACCAACAACUUUUCCGGGUGCCCCUUAUGGCGGCAGGCCAGGAGGCUUUCCUUAUGGAGGACCACCACCACAGCAGGUCCCUCCUACUCCUGGCACUCCUGGUUCAAUGUAUGGCAUGCCAAAUCAGUUAAUGACCACUGUCUCUGGCCCCUCGAAGGUUGAUCUUAACCAGAUCCCAAGGCCAGGUACAAGCUCUGGUCAAAUCGUGUAUGAAACUCGCCAGGGGAAUCAGGCUAAUCCUCCACCACCUGCUACGGUUGAUUAUGUUGCUAGAGACACUGGAAAUUGCAGCCCGCGUUACAUGCGAUGCACAAUCCAUCAGAUUCCAUGCACUGUUGAUCUUCUUUCUACAUCUGGUAUGCAACUGGCGUUAAUAAUCCAACCGUUGGCGCUUUCUCAUCCAUCUGAAGAGCCUAUCCAAGUUGUGGACUUUGGUGAGAGUGGCCCUGUUAGAUGUUCACGUUGUAAGGGAUACAUCAAUCCUUUCAUGAAGUUCGUUGACCAUGGAAGGAAGUUCAUUUGUAACUUGUGUGGAUACACUGAUGAGACUCCCCGUGACUACCAAUGCAAUCUGGGUCCAGAUGGUAGACGUAGGGAUGCUGAUGAAAGGCCUGAACUGUGUAGGGGAACUGUUGACUUUGUUGCUACAAAAGAAUAUAUGGUACGAGAUCCAAUGCCAGCGGUGUAUUUCUUUCUCAUUGAUGUGUCAAUGAAUGCAAUUCAAACAGGUGCAACCGCAGCUGCUUGCAGUGCAAUCCAGCAAGUCCUCUCAGACCUUCCUGAAGGUCCUAGGACGUUUGUUGGAAUUGCCACAUUUGACUCAACAAUACACUUUUAUAAUUUAAAGCGUGCACUGCAACAGCCGUUGAUGCUCAUUGUUCCUGAUGUUCAAGAUGUUUAUACACCUUUAGAAACAGAUGUUAUUGUUCAGCUAUCUGAGUGCCGUCAGCAUCUAGAGAUUUUGCUGGAAAGUAUCCCAACAAUGUUUCAGGAAAGUAAAAGCCCCGAAUCUGCUUUUGGUGCAGCAGUUAAGGCUGCAUUCUUAGCAAUGAAGAGCACUGGAGGAAAGCUCAUGGUGUUUCAAUCAGUUUUGCCUUCUAUUGGCAUUGGAGCACUUUCUUCUAGAGAAGCCGAUGGGAGAGCUAAUUCCUCUGCGGAUGAAAAGGAGGCCAAUAAAUUACUACAACCUGCAGACAAAACUUUAAGGACUAUGGCUAUUGAAUUUGCUGAAUACCAGGUCUGUGUAGAUUUAUUUAUCACAAGUCAGGCUUAUGUUGACAUGGCUUCAAUUUCUGAGAUCCCAAGAACUACUGGAGGACAGGUUUAUUGCUAUUACCCUUUCUCAGCUCUUUCAGAUCCUCCCAAGCUUUACAACGAUCUUAGAUGGAAUAUCACUAGGCCCCAGGGUUUUGAGGCUGUUAUGCGAGUUAGAUGCAGUCAGGGUAUUCAAGUGCAAGAAUACUCAGGGAACUUCUGUAAACGCAUACCAACUGACAUUGAUCUACCUGCGAUUGACUGUGACAAAGCUGUUAUGGUGACAUUAAAGCAUGACGACAAACUACAAGAUGGAGCUGAAUGUGGUUUUCAGUGUGCCCUUCUGUAUACAAGCAUAUAUGGAGAAAGAAGAAUAAGGGUUAUUAACUUAUCACUCCCUUGUACAAGUAUGCUCAGUAACUUGUUCCGCUCAGCUGACCUGGAUUCUCAGUUCGCUUGUAUGCUGAAACUAGCUGCUAAUGAGAUCCCUAGCAAGGCACUUUCAUUGGUGAAGGAGCAAGCAAUUAGUAGUUGCAUCUCCACACUCUCUUCUUAUCGUAAAUUCUGCGCUACAGUUACAUCAGCUGGACAACUUAUUCUUCCUGAAGCACUCAAGCUUUUGCCACUAUAUACUCUCUCCUUAACAAAAGGUGUGGGGUUGCGGCCAGAGGGAAGAAUUGAUGACCGAUCAUUUUGGAUAAACCAUGUGUCUUCACUGCCUACUCCUUUAGCAAUUCCGUUAAUUUAUCCAAGAAUGAUCUCUGUUCAUGACCUUGAUACAAAGGAUAAUGAAGAAGAAACUUUGGUUCCUUGUCCGAUCCCGUUGACAAGUGAAAACCUUAGAGAUGAGGGAGUCUACUUUCUCGAGAACGGUGACGAUGGUUUGAUAUAUGUCGGGGAGACAGUCAGUUCAGAUAUCCUUAUGAAGCUCUUUGAUGUUCCCUCAGCUGCAAACAUUCCAAGUCAGUAUGUGCUGGAAAAGUAUGAUAAUAAGCUAUCAAAGAAGUUCAAUGACGUGGUGAAUGAAAUAAGGAGGCAAAGAAGUUCUUACCUACGCAUUAAGUUGUGCAAGAAGGGAGAUCCAACUGGAAUGUUGUUCCAAUCGUAUAUGGUAGAGGACAAAACAGCUGGUGGGCUCUCGUACAUGGACUUUCUAGUUCAAGUUCACCGUCAAAUCCAAGUGAAACUCAACUAG